AGUAAACAAUACAUAAUAAUAAGUUGAUAAUAAUAAGUUGAGCAUGCCUAACACAACAACGAUCAAGAGCUCAUCGGACGGAGCCUGGCAAGGCGAUAACCCUCUUAACUACGCCUUCCCUUUGCUAAUACUACAAACCAUUUUGGUUCUCUUCCUCAGCCGAUUCCUCACUCUCCUUCUCAAGCCACUCCGCCAACCUAAAGUCAUUGCUGAGAUUUUAGGUGGGAUUUUGCUUGGACCGUCGGCACUUGGCCGCAACCAAGAUUUCUUGAAGUGGGUUUUUCCUUCAUGGAGUACUCCGAUUCUGGAAUCUGUGGCCAGUAUAGGCCUCCUCUUUUUUCUCUUCCUCGUCGGUCUCGAGCUUGACUUGACCUCCAUCCGCCGUAGCGGUCGCCGAGCUAUCACCAUAGCUCUGGUUGGCAUGUCCGUCCCUUUCAUCUUCGGUAUCGGAGUCACCUUUAUACUCCGCCGAGUCAUUAAGGGAGAGGAAAAAUCCGGCUACGCUCAGUGCCUUGUAUUCGUGGGAGUUUCUCUCUCCAUAACAGCUUUUCCUGUCCUUGCCCGCAUCUUAGCUGAGCUCAAGCUUCUCACCACCCAAGUUGGAGAAAUGGCCAUGGCGGCUGCAGCCUUCAACGACGUGGCCGCCUGGAUUCUACUCGCUCUUGGAGUAGCCCUCGCUGGAGGGAAUAACGAUAACAAAAGCAGCAGUAGUCCCUUGGUUUCGAUCUGGGUUCUGCUCUCGGGCUUAAUGUUCGUGGCUUUCAUGAUGCUUGCGGUUCGACCCUUGAUGAGCUGGGUGUCCAAGCAGUGCUCGUCGCAGCCGGAGUCUUUGGACGAAGCAUGCAUAUGCUUGACGUUGGCUGGGGUUAUGGCAUCAGGUUUCAUGACGGACUUCAUCGGAAUCCAUUCGAUAUUCGGAGCAUUCAUUUUCGGGCUGACGAUUCCAAAAGGGGGUGAGUUCGCAGGGAGACUGAUAAAAAGGAUUGAGGAUUUCGUGUCGGGGUUGCUACUUCCGCUCUACUUCGCGUCGAGUGGGCUGAAGACGGACGUGACGAAGAUAAGAGCGGGGGAGGCGUGGGCGCUGCUGAUGCUGGUCAUAUCAACGUCGUGUGCUGGUAAGAUUCUGGGGACGUUUGUGGUGGGCAUGCUCUGUAAAAUUCCGGCCAGGGAUUCGUUGGCCUUGGGUGUGCUUAUGAAUACCAAAGGAUUGGUUGAGCUUAUUGUUCUUAAUAUCGGCAAGGAGAAAAAGGUCCUAAACGACGAGAUGUUCGCCAUUUUGGUGAUGAUGGCCUUAUUUACCACCUUCAUGACCACACCAACAGUCAUGGCCAUCUACAAGUCCAAGUCGCCAUCCAACAUCAUCAUCAGCAGUUCAAAUUCAAAGCUAAUCAAAGAGAAAGAGAAGGAGAACCAGCUGCGAAUCCUGGUAUGCGUUCAUGGACCUAGAAGCGUACCCUCGCUCCUCAACCUCAUCCAAUCACUCGUGAAUUCACCGCUCAAGCUUUAUGUCAUGCACCUUGUCGAGCUCACUGACCGUUCUUCCUCCAUCAUGAGGGUCCGCCGAGCUCGCAAGAAUGGCUUUCCCUUCGUUGACCGAUUCUGUCCGGGCGGCCCCACAUUCCACAACCAAGACCAACAAGUCGCUGCGGCGUUCGAGUCCGCCAGCCUAGUCCACGGAAAAAUCAGCUUACGCCAUACGACGGCCAUCUCAGGGCUGUCCUCCAUGCACGAGGAUAUACUUCAUGUGGCUCAAGCCAAGAGGGUGUCGAUGAUAAUUUUGUCGUCCAUGGAGGUUUUGGGACUUGGUUGGAGAGAGGUGAACCAUAGGGUGCUGAAGACGGCACCGUGCUCAGUCGCCGUGUUUGUGGACCGCGGAUUCGGGUUGAGACCUGAGUUUGAGUCUAACAAGAUGCUUAUUUCUUCUGAUAGUACAUCUAGAAGUAGUAGCAGUAGUACUGCAACAAUAACCAAUAUCCCAAAGAAGAAGGUGUGCGUUCUGUUUUUGGGAGGACCUGACGAUCGCAAGGCUUUGGAGCUGGCUGAGAGAAUGGCUCACCAAGCAGAUGUCAUGGUGACCGUCGUCAGAUUAAUAUGGAGAUGUGGUGAUGAGCAUGAUCAUGAAAGACACAGUCGUUCCAUCUCCAUCGUGAAUGAUGAGGUAGAGAAGGAACUCGAUGAGGGUGCCAUUGUUGAAUUGAAGAAGAGGUCAAAAGAAGUGGAGCUGAUAGAGAAGGUGGUGGAGAAUGGCAUAAUAGAGACGGUAAGGAACAUAGGGCAGAGUUUGGUGUACGAGCUGGUUAUUGUUGGAAAGGGACGGUUUCCACUAAGCAUGGUAUCUCCAGUGAAACAGACUAUUGAUGACCAAGCCCAGUUGGGGUCCAUAGGAGACGCAUUAGCUUCUUCCCAACAUGUCAUUUCUUGCUCAGUGCUUGUUGUACAGCAUCAACAACUACUUAAGUCUCCGGCGCCACUACUACCAGCCAACAAGGAUGGAAUAAUUGUAACUGCCAGAAAUGAGGAACCAUCUCUUGUGUGAAACUAGUUGUGUAUAUAUAUUUGCUAAAAUUAUCUUCUUCACUAAAUAUGUAGAUAGGGAUAUAGGAGUUUCCUUCUAAUGAUAUGUAUAAAAAAUAUGCAACUAAAUAAUACCCAUAACAAAGUAGCACUGCUUUUUAUAAUAAUUCAUUUUAUAAAGUCU